GACUGGUGCAGUAAAUGUCUGAUUCAUAAUAAACCAGAUGAUCAGACUAUACUGUGUUAAAUAGUAGUUAAAUAGUCUUUUCUAAGGAUCUGAUCUCAUUUACAGCAUUUGACGCUAUUUUAUUAGUAAUAUCAGAGGUUUAGAGUGUCUGUGGUGAGUGAGAUGAGAAUGACUGGACCGAAUGGAGAUCCGAAUAUCACAUCUGAUCAUGGAAUCAUAGAAGAUGAAGAUGAUUUUAAUGAUGAGGAGUACACAGCCAUCAACUCCAUGCUGGAUCAGAUCAGCUCCUGUCUGGAUGACCUGGAGGAACGUAAUGACAGUCUAAAUUUCAAGCUUCAUGAGCUAUUGGAGUCCAACCGACAGGCUCGACAAGAGUUUCAAGCUCAGCUGCACGCAAGAGAGCCGGAGGAGCAACAGCAACCCCCAUCCGAUGAGGAUUCACGCCCCCAAUAAGUGAUGAUGACUGAGUGAAGUGUUUUACUUCAUGCCCAUUCCACUGGCAUUAACUCGGUGUAGUGUUACUUUUAGAAAACGUGUGGAGCUUGAACUUCAUUCGACUUCACACUGUACAGCAUUGUACCAUAACGUUUUAUAGUAGGGCUUGACCGAUGUGAGUAUUUCGAUCCUGCGUAUCGAUUUAACCAAGGUAAAAAGACAGCUCAAAAGGUCAGAAAUGAGACAAACACAAUCGUAGUCAUUUAGGUAUAUAGGACGCCAGCAAACGUUACGCUAAUUUGAAGUAUUCAUGACACUUUAACUACAUUAUAUUUAUUUAUUUGAGGAUUAUUGAUGCAUUGUAACCUUUUAAAAUUAACCUGAGGGACCAAAUCGAGGUUGCAAAGUCAAUUAAAGGGAUCAGCCUAAUUUACUUAUCUAAUACACUUAUACCUUAAUAUCAGAUAACAUUGUCCCACAUAAAUAUCUGAUAUAUUGGUCAAGCCUUACUACAUAGUAUUUUAUUUUUUAACUUAAAUUAGAAAUACCUCAUCCUGAAAAAGCAGCAUUUAAGAAAAAAAGCAUAAUUACAAACAAGUGGGAGGAUAAAAUAUUAUUUUUAUCUGAAGCGUUUUAUUUAAGAAUGUAAAUAAAGAGCAGCUACAGUG